AUGGCUGGCGCCGAGGUCCAGAUGCUUCUCCUGCUGCUGCUGCACCCCGGGCUGCUGCCGCUUGCCACGGCCGCCGGUGGAGACCCGUUCGCCAAGCAGCUGGGCCCCACUAGCUCGUGCCAGCUGCAGUGCCGGCUCUGGAUUCCGCACUCGGCUGUGGCGGCGGCGCAGGAGGAGCUGCGGAACGCCUGCGCCCGGGGCUGUCGCCUCUUUGCCAUCUGCCACUUUGUAGCGGCCAGCUCGGAGGCCAACGUCACCUUGGCCGAGUGCAAAGCAGCCUGUCUGCAGGCCUAUGACCAGGCUCCAGAGCAGCUGGCAUGCACCGAUGGCUGCUGGAGGCAGAUGCCUGAACCGCUGAGACCUUCCCUCCCGCCUCUGCCUUCACCUUCGCCUCCCCCUUCACCUGGGCACCAGAAGGGAUGGAGACCAUCGCCUCCUCCUGACACCAUUUCAGUGAUGGACCUCUUAUCCAAUCUGUGCAAUAAGAUAAUCAGCUCAGCCCAAAGCUUCAUCUCCUCCACUUGGACCUAUUACCUUCAGGCAGACAAUGGGAAGAUGGUAGUUUUCCAGUCCCAGCCUGAGAUAGAAGCCCCUAUAUCAGAAGCAACUCAAAAACACAUCGAGGUGACCUCCUCCGUGGAAUUCCAUUCAGGUCCUAAAGAGAAAAAAGUGAAGAUUAAAGGCAAAAUGACCCAGGAGACCUCCCCUGGCCCCCAGCCAGAGCAUGACUUCCUGGGCUGCAUGUCCAAGCGCUCUGGACUGCCCAAAUGGAUCCUGGCCUCCUGCCUCCUCUUUUCUGUGCUUGUCAUGCUGUGGCUCAGCUGUGCCAGUCUUGUGACUGCACCCGACCAGCAUGUCCGGAACCAGCCACUGAGCAUCUCUGGGGACAAGAAUUACUUGGAUGACCUGGAGUGGCCCUUGGCUCUAGCUCCCGCCCCCAUGAUAGCUGUAGCUGUGGAACCCCAGGAAGCUGGCCCCUUGCCCCUAAAGGUGGAGAUGGACCAUACAGCUCUGUAA